UCGGCAGUCGGUUCGCGUUUACUUUCCAUUAACUAUUCUAAUCAAAUGAAGUGACUUAUACAGGCCAUAGUUUAGAUUUUAAGUGGCCUUGGCUGUGGUUCUUUAGUUUUUUUCGAGACUCCGUACCAGGUGCAUCUACUCAUCAUCCGUGGCUGUGAAUUUGGUGUCCAUCGGAUUUGUUCCAGUUUGAUAAGUGGUGCCACGAAAAGAUACGGACUACGAAGAUGUCUGCCGGUCCUGUGCUACUGCUUUCGGUUCUGCUCACUGGAUACAUCUACUGGAGCUUCGCUCAACCCACCAACGUCCUGGAGAUCCGCUGCAAGCUGUACUCGGGCCCGGCCGUCCAAAACACCGGCGAGUGUGUGCACGGUGCCGAGCUGAAUCCUUGCGGUAAGCUUUCCUGCCUGAAGGGAGUGGGCGACAAGUGCGGUGAAAACACCGCCGGAAUCAUCAUGUCCGGCAAGUGCGCCAGCGGUCUGAUGUGCUGCGGUGGCCAGUGCGUCGGCUGCAAGAACGGAAUCUGCGACCACCGGCUGUGCCCUCCGCGUCUAUCGAUGAACCACCACCCGUUCGGACUGGGUCUGGCACUGGAAGGACCCCAGCAGCAGCAACCAAUUGGCGUUUUUCCAUCGCUGUACAAGAUGUUUGACUACUACAGCAGUGAGUCGGAGUAAGGGGCGUCAGAAAGUUAAAUUUGUUUCGGGAUAUCCCAAGUGAAUGCAUGUAGACUGAUUUUAACAUGAAAAACUUGAUUUAUAGGCUCUGUAGGAAAUUAAAUUAUUGUUGUAGAAAAUAGAACCAAUGUGCAAUGGUAGCCAUAUGUAUAUCAAAUAAUCAAAAUAGUCGAAGGAGGCCAAGGAGAUUAGUACAAAGCAGAAAGCGGAAAUUUGUCUAAAAAUGUGUCCAUGACAACAUUCGGAUUACAAGUAAAUUAUCAAAAAAAAAAUGGAAAAGACAACUAUAAUAAUCGUAAAACUGGAUCUGAACUAUGCGCUGAAGUAUUGGGCCACCUGUCAUAUAUUAUAGAACUCGCGAAUUAUGAAAAAUGAUGAAAAAAAGUAAGUAGUCAUAAAUAGGAGAAGAUAGAAGAAAAACAUUCUAGAGAAGAAAUUAACAAAUUCGAAUGAAACUAUAGCGAAAAAAAAAUAAAUUGAUGUGAUACUAAUGCAUAUGCAAAAUGCCAAAACAAUGCCAAAUAAAAAGCAAAUUC